AUGGUUAUCUCUGCUCAGUGGGAGCUUGUUCGGGGCAAUUCAUAUGGCUAUACUGUCCUGAGUGCAUUUGGACUUUUCUAUGCGGGAUUUGGUGCACUGGACAUUCCUUUUCUGGGGAUAUCAGCUGCCUAUGGGAAUGAUACUGUACAGUAUAACAAUGCCCUUGGAUUCUUUGUUUUAUUGUGGUCUGUCUUUAAUUUAUUUUUCUUGAUCGGAUCACUUCCAAUGUAUGUUUUAUAUAUUCUACCGCAGAAAUUCUUUUGCUUGAGAUCUAAUCAAUACUCUAGAAACCUCGUCUAUAUUGCCAUCUUCUUUUUUGUACAACUAGCCUUCACUCUCGAAGCAUUAUUUCUCGAUUUUCCAAUGGGCGAUACUAGUCGAUUCUUCAGGAGGAAAUUGAACAAUGAGAGGCCAGUUCCACAACAACAUGAGAAGGAAUCUCAAGCCUGA